GUGUGCGCUUCACACUGAAGAGGUCGCGACUCAUUUUCACUGCAUUAACGCAGUUUAUAUUAAUUUAAUGAUGCGCAUUUAUUUAUAGUCAUUUACACAUUAAUAAAGGAGUCAGAUCAGAAGAUUAUCCACAUGCUACUGUACCGGGUUUCAGCAGUGCUGGGGAGGGGACUGGGUGUCCGGAGAAGCUUCGCGUUCCGGCCCGCUUUGCGCUUUAGUUCCGCCGGGGAUGCAGCUCCCUCAGCCGGCGAGAAAACAGCGGAGUACCGGCACACUGUGCAGCUGCCCCGCACUGACUUCCCCAUGAAACUGAGCGGAGAUAAAGUGCUGCAGAAGGAGCUGAACGUUCAACAGGAAUGUGGUUUCGACCAGCUCUACAACUGGCAGAGAGAGAGAAAAGCCAAGAAGGAAUUCUGCCUUCACGACGGACCACCGUACGCCAACGGAGAUGCCCACGUCGGUCACGCCCUCAACAAGAUCCUGAAGGACGUCCACAAUCGUUUUGAGAUGUUAAGAGGUAGGAAGGUGCACUACGUGCCUGGCUGGGACUGCCACGGCCUGCCCAUCGAGCUCAAAGCCCUCGGGGAGCUGAACACCAAAUCCAUGAGUCCUCUCCAGAUCAGAGAGAAAGCGCGGGAGUUUGCGGAGGCCGCCGUCGCUCGCCAGCGCGCCUCGUUUCAGCGCUGGGGGGUGAUGGCUGACUGGGAGAACUGCUACUACACGUUUAACGGCCCGUACGAGGCGGCGCAGCUCCGAGUCUUCCAGGAGAUGCACAGCAAGGGUUUCAUUUAUCAGGACUACAAGCCCGUUUUCUGGUCCCCGUCAUCCAGGACGGCGUUGGGUGAAGCAGAGCUGGAGUACAACGCGGAGCACGUGAGCACGGCCGUGUACGCUACGUUCCCUCUGGACACGCUGCCGGCUAAGCUAACGCCCACUUUAGAGUCCCUGGGGAGAGUGUGUGUGCUGGUAUGGACGACCCAGCCGUGGACCAUCCCAGCCAAUCAGGCUGUGUGUUUCAUGCCCAAAGCGCAGUAUUCUGUAGUGAAGAGAGCCGAUAAUGAAGAGCGCCUCCUGGUGGCCUCUGAGCGCAUUGCUAAUCUCAGUGCGGCGCUGGGGACUGAAUUGCACGUCCUGGCUACAUUCACAGGAUCAGACCUGGAGGGCGGAGUCUGCCGACACCCCACCGUCUCUGGAAAGGAGGUGCCGCUGCUGCCGGCCAAUCACGUGACCAUGGCUAAAGGAACGGGAUUGGUCCACACGGCUCCUGCUCACGGCAUGGAGGACUACAGCGUGGCCAGUCUGUUUAACCUGCCUGUGGAGUGCAUGGUGGAUGAAGACGGUAGAUAUACUGAGCUGGCUGGUGCUGAUCUUCAGGGACUGGGCGUGCUGGAGGAGGGCACUGCUGCAGUGAUCUCUAUGCUGCGGGGUGCUGGUGCGCUGGUGAAGGAGGAGCCGUGUGUGCACAGUUACCCGUACGACUGGCGCACCAAGAAGCCGGUGGUGAUCCGAGCCAGCAAGCAGUGGUUUAUAAACACAGCCAGCCUUAAAGACCAGGCCAAGGAAGCGCUGCAGAAGGUGCGUGUGAUGCCCGAGUCGGCCAGGGCGAGUCUCCUGGCGAUGCUGGACAGACGGACGUACUGGUGCAUCUCCCGCCAGAGGAGCUGGGGCGUCCCAAUCCCAGUGUUCUAUCAUAAAGAGACAGGAGAGCCGCUCAUCAACAAACACACAGUGGCUCACGUAGCGAAGGUGUUUGCAGAGAAAGGAAGUGACAGCUGGUGGGCGGAGCCUCUGGAAACGCUACUUCCUCCUGAUGUGCUCAAGAAGAGUAAUGCCGAGGCUGUAACAGAUUAUGUGCGUGGUGAGGACGUGCUGGAUAUUUGGUUUGACAGUGGAACGUCCUGGGCUGCGGUGUUACAGGCUGGUGAGAUAGACGAGCAGGCUUCGUCUGCAAAGGCUAAACGAGGCUGGUUAAACCUACAAGAGGCAGACCCUCGGGCGGACGUGUACGUGGAGGGGAAGGAUCAGAUCGGCGGCUGGUUCCAGUCGUCCCUGUUAACCAGCGUGGCCGUGCGUAACAAAGCGCCUUACAAGGCUCUUGUGGUCCACGGCUUUGUGGUCAGUGAGAAAGGAGAGAAAAUGUCCAAGUCUCUGGGCAACGUCGUCGACCCUGACGUGGUCAUCAAUGGUGAAAAGGGCUCGACCGUUUCUCCUCCCUACGGAGCCGACGUGUUGAGGUGGUGGGUCGCGGAGUCUAGCGUCUUCUCCGAGGUGCAGAUCGGCCCCAAGGCGCUGAACGCCGCCAAGGAGAACAUCAACAAGCUGAGGAACACUCUGAGGUUCCUGCUGGGGAAUCUGCAGGGGUUCGACCCUCGUGUACACGCCGUGGACUCUAAAGAAAUGCACUACAUUGAUCAGUACCUGCUGCACCUGCUCCGAGAGUUCAGCAUCAAGGUAACUGAUGCUUACAGCGAGUACGACUGUGGCCGAGUGAUCCGCCUGCUCCAGGCUUUCAUCACCAGGGAUCUGAGCAGCUUCUAUUUCAGCAUCAUCAAGGACCGGCUGUACUGUGAUGCGGAGAACUCGCCGGGUCGAAGAUCAUGCCAGACGGUUCUGGAGGAGAUCCUGGACGGCGUUACGCGCUCUAUAGCGCCCAUUUUGCCUCACCUGGCCGAGGAGGUGUACCAGCAUGCACCAGGGCACGAUGAAGGCGAGACUCUGUUCAGGAGCGGCUGGAUCAAAAGCAGCUCCGUGUGGAGAAAACCCGGCCUGGAGGAGGCGGUGGAGGGUGCGAGCGCCAUCAGAGACUCCUUCCUGUCCUCCAUCCCAGGAUGCAAUGCGGCAGAAUACGACCUCACCAUCGCCAUCGAACCCGGGCUCUUCUUCGAACUCAUGGAGUCGCUGCAGGAGGAGCCCACCUCUACCUGCUCCCAGCUGACGGAGCUGAUGAUGGCGUCUCGCACCACCCUGACCAGCGCUUUACCCCGAGAUCUGCCCUCUGAUGCCGUCAUCAGCACUGGGAGCUUCCUGAUUAACCUGGAGGGUGGUGAAAUUCGUGAGGAGAGUGCGUACACCGCCGCCGCUGUUCCCAUCUCUCUGUCCCGCUGUCCUCGCUGUCGACGCUACACCUCCGACACGCCCGACUGCCUCUGCCCUCGCUGCCACACCGCCGUCGGGAACGCCCAAUAAAGACUCCGCACGUCGCAGUAACAGCUGGACGCCGAUAGCUCAGCCACAGCGGGCAGAACCGGGACACGGGGGGGCGGGGUGGUUAGAGGGGUGUGGAUGUUGUGUACAGCCCGUCGCUCAUGUAUGCACAUUUAUAUAUGUAGGACGAAGUUUGGCGUUCCUCAAGGCAGAAGGUUCUCGCUGUUGUUUCAGGAUGGGAUACAAUCACAGUUAUAAGAGCAAACGACCGGUACUCAGGUCCUGAUUGUGUCGAAUGGUUGACGCCCCUGGAAGUUCUACUCUUGUUGAUCCAGGGGUGUCAGAAUUAAUGUGCUAUUUCAUUUACAUUAUCACAAAAAAGUGGCAUGCAGCUUCUUGCAGACUGGAUGGAUGGUGCACAUGUACAUGAGUUUAUUUUGUACGAUCGUUGUUCUUUGUAAACAAAGCGGAUGUAAUAAAAUCUAAAGAUGCACAUUUGAA